UAAGAAAUUUGUCAAAAAAUAAUGUCCAAAUCUCCUGCUAUUCCGGUAUCACUACCAACUGAAGAAACAAUUACUCCCAACAUAAUUAUAGAAGAAUUACCCGAUAAUUUUGUUUUGGAUAAAAAGAAACAGGAUGUUAUUGCUGACUAUGAAAUUUUAUCUAAAUCAUCAGAAGGCAAUGCCUCAGAUUAUACUACUGAAGACGAAUCUCAAAAUGAUCGUAAAAAACGUACUGCUGAUGAUGAUCUUGCAGAAGUCGCAACGCCACCUCAUGUUAAUAGUGAAGGAGGAUUAAUCAUUAAAGAAAUCCAUGAGACUGAGAGUAUAGAAAAAGAGAAGGUUGAACGUGCUGCUAUUAUUGAAGAAGAGGAGAGCAAUCAGGAGAAAGGGAAUACUUCUAAAUUCAAAAAGAGUAAAAAAAGGAAGACUAAUGAUAAAAGAUAUGAACCAACCGCAUUGUAGAUAAUACAAUACAUGUUAUAUUUAGAUUAUUUUGAAUAUGUAGUUUUUGAUUAUAGGCGCGCUUUCUAAAGUUAGUCACGUGUUUAUGUUCAAUAAAUAAAUUGUCAUUAUUACAUUAUUACGUACAAGCCACAUUGAAUCUAUAAAUGUCCAGUUCGUGCAACCAUCCAAAAUUUGAUUUUAAUUAUGUCGGAUAAAGCUCUCAAAGUUCUUUACAUUCAUGGUCGUGAAAGUUCUUCUCAAACAGGAAAAUGUCAAUUUUUAAAGCAACAUUUUAAUGUUUAUGCCGCUGAUAUGGUAAAAUGUUUAUUUUUAUUAUAAAAAUGGAAUUUCGUACGGUG